GUAUCCAACGCCAACCCAACCCCCCCCUCACGUGGUGGCAUCGCAUUCGACUCCUCUCUCUUCCUUCCUGCCUCGAACGCCACCGUAUGAAGGAAAAGGCAAAAGGGUCGCGCUCAAAUCGACUCCGCUCGAGCUUGUUGUCAUCAAUUUCGCUUCUUUGACUCCAUUAGUGAGAAACCCAGAAUUUCUCCUGAGCUUUUCUCUUCUGGGUCUUCGACGACCCCUAUGACGCGCUUCGAAUUUAAAGCGCUCCCUCUCUAACUCCCAACUGCUUUUUUAGCCUCUGCCUAAUUGCACCUCCCCUACUCUAGGGACCCCUUUAUCUAUCUCGCUUUGACACGCCAGUUUGAUUCUCCUCUCGGGUCGUUUUGGACGUUUGAAGUGAAGAUUGAUUGGUUUCGAAGCUGCCCCCAUGGACGUGGAAUCUGCACCGAAGCCCGGGAAGCCGCGGGGACCGGCCAAACGAGGCCACGGAUGCAGGAACAUCUGCAUUGCGCUGGUGGCGACCCUCGUCCUCGUUGUGGUGCUGAUCGUGAUCCUGGCCUUCACCGUGUUCAAGGCGAAGCACCCCGUGACCACCGUGAACUCGGCGAAGCUCGAGAAACUGCAGGUGUCGCUCAACGUCGCCCCUCUCGGGCUUGACCUGAAUGUAACCCUAGACCUCGACAUCUCGGUGAAGAACCCCAACAAGGUCGGCUUCAAGUACAAGAACAGCACCACCGUGUUGAAUUACAGGGGGGAGCCCGUCGGGGAGGUCCCGCUCCCCGCGGACGAGAUAGGGGCGGACCGGACGAAGCAGAUGAACCUGACGCUCACCGUGAUGGCGAACCGGUUCCUGUCGAACUCGCAGGCGUACUCGGACUUUUUGUCCGGGGUCUUGCCGCUCAACACGUACACGAAGAUGUCUGGUAAGGUGACCAUCAUGGGAUUGUUUAAGGUCCAUGUGGUUUCCACGACUUCCUGCGAUUUGAGUGUGUUUGUGUCCAAUAGAACUGUGGGGGAUCAACGGUGUAGGUAUAAGACCAAGUUGUAGUUGAUUGAUGUCUAUGUUGGCUGCUUCUACGAUUUUAUGGUGCACACGGGUCUCUGUUUCCUUGGCCUCUUUACACUUUUUUUUCCGGGGGGAUAUUUGUUGGGAUAAAUAAGUUAUGAGCUCAUAGUUUGAGAAUGGUAUAGAGAUUUUGUGCAGAUUCUAGAUUCGAAUUUAGUUGUUGUUGUUUUGCAAUCCAUGUCUCACUUGCCUACAGUUAUAUCAAUGACAUACAGGAUGUUUUGGCAUUA